AUGAAGGAAGAAUCAGAAACUCAUUCCAUGCUUGUGACAUUUCUACAACUAUCUCUCCAUCAUGCUAGCUCAAAGUAUCUUAUCCAGGAGCUGUUGAAGCAUACAUUCUUUGAGGAUACUGCUUUUCGCGUUGACAUCGUCAAUGACGACAACAAGGAUCAGAUACAGCUCCAGCUGCGUGUGGAAGACCCCAAGAAGAGAAGGGAGAGGCACAGAGACAAUGAAGCUCUACAGUUUGAGAUUGACUUGAGCAAGGAUGAACCGGACCAAGUUGCUAAAGAAAUGGUACGGAUUGGCUUUGUCAGUGAAGAGGACUCGAAGGCUGUUACCAAGGUGAUUCGAGACCGCAUCGGUACUGUAGUUAAGAACAGAGAGAAGAGAGAAAAGGAGAGGCAGGAGAAGGGCAAACAAGAGGAAGACAAAGAUGGCAAAGCAGAUGCUGGAACGUCGACCAUAGACAGUGGUGUGAGUAUGACAGGAGUGUCCAAUGCUUCUGAAGGCUCUACAAGACUGGUAUCGAGUCAGAACUUGUCAUCGUCGCAACUGCCCAUCAUCAGCCAGCAGCCUCACGGUCAACAACCACACAGCCAAUCUCACGUUCAGCCACAACAGGUGCCGUCUCAUCCACAACAAACUCAACAACCCUCUUCUCAACAGUCCGUAGCAACUCCACAAGUCCAGCAACAACAACAGCAGCAGCAGGGCCAACCACAGCAGCCGCAGCCUCCCCAGCAACAGCAGCAACCGCAGCAAGUUCAACAGCAACCCGUGUCGCAGCCACCUCAAUCUGUCCAGCAGCCGUUACCACCGCAGGUCCAUUCACAACCCCAACUCGUUUCUCAGCCCAAUCAGCAACCGUCUACAACUAAUGUUCUACCACAGCAGGAUCAACCUCAGCAACAGUCCAUGCAGCAAUCUGCUCAGCAACCUCCUAUUUCCAAUGUACAGCAACAACAACAACAGCCAGCAAUUCCAGCCCAACAACAGACUCAGCCUCAACAAAUACAGCAACAGCCUCCACAGCAACAGCAGCCCCAGCAGCAGCAACAGCCACCACAGCAGCAGCAGCAGCAGCAGCCACCACAAUCAAGCCAAUCUCAGUUACAGCAGCAACAACAACAGCAACCUGUUCAGCAACCAGUACAAACCCAGACCCAGGUGCAACAGCCAACCCAGUUGCCUCUCUCCCUACCGCCCCCACAACAACAGCAGCAGCAACAAGCUCAAACACAGCAGAGCCCCUCGAAUGGUCAACAUUCAUCCAUGUCGUGGUUUAUUCCGAUGUCUCCUCCUGUGUUUUAUCAGCAACCCCAGUUUGUGCAGCAGACAACCAACUAUUCACAAUUCUCCCAAGGCCAAGCCUUUCAACAACCCGUUAGCCAGGGACAGCUCCCGCAGCAACCUAUACAGCAACCCAUACAGCAGCCGUUGCAGCAACCUGCACAAGUCCCUAGCACCCCUCAGAGGACAACUUCUGAUCAACAUGCCAAGAUCCAGAGGACCGUGUCUGGUGGCAACCAGCAACCGCCUCCACCACCACAACAACAACCACAAGCAACUCAGCCUCAGUCGCAGAUGCAACAGUUGCCGCCGAUGUCGGCCCAGCAGCAGCAACAUGUGACGGUCACCAAAACAACAUCUGUACUGCAGCAGAGUAUUCCUGCUAUUCAACAAUCUGGACAGCCAUCCCAUGCCCCUCAAGUGAAUCAGAACAGCAUACAACAAACCCAACAACAGCAAAUUCAACAAGUCACCCAAGGGCAACCACAGCAACCACCACCACCACAACAGCAGCAGCAACAACAGCAGCAGCAGCAGCAACCUCAACAUCCCAUCCAAACCAGUACCGCCCUUCCCCAGCCUACAGGAUCCACCGUAUCCAUUGCUGCGUCCUCAGCAGCGGCCGUUGCGACUGCAGUGCCGGUCUCGCUUCAGCCACAGGGCUCCACCCCAAACCUGUCUACAACCAUCACCUCUACGGCUGCCCCAGUAGGGUCCAUGUCCGGACAGCAACCCCCCCAGGACAACAGGCCACAGACGGUGGAUGCAUCUAAGGUAAUGUCUUGAUUUGUAUAUUUGUUGAUAAUUGCUGUAUAAAGCAAGAAUGCACAAGAAAGCUGAUGUGACAAAUUUUCAUAACGUUUACCUACCCCAGAUGCCACCAAAUUAUGACUUUACACACAAUUAAAGAGUCAGAUGGUACCAUUUCGGGACAACUGCAACACUUUAAAAGGAAUGAAAAAAAAAUGGACAGAAAAAGCUGGUAUUCAGACGAUUUUAUCUGAAAAGUGGCAUCCUUGUAUAUUGUGUGUGGUCUUCCCUGGAACAAGGUGAUUAUCUUCAUUUCUUUUUCCAAGCCCCUCCUAUAAAGACGAGUCUGCCCAAGUCUCGGGAUGAUUUGACUAAUUUGAGUAUCAUGGCUGCCUCUCCUGCUCAAAUUGCUCUCAGUCACUCUCACUCGUUCUCAGAGAAUGCCAGCCCUUCCCUAUAUAUAACCUCUGUACAAUUUCUAUUUGAAUUAGUUUUAUUUGGCUGAACCAUUUAUUCCCCCACUCUUCCGUUGUCACACAAAAUAUACAGUUUUCACCACAACAGAGCUUUUUUGCUCUCGCCUCUUUCCCCUUCCCUUAUCCCUCUCUCAAUCACUCUGACUUUUUCCUGCAUUUUGUUUCUACUGUAUCGUACACAAUGUUGCCUCUGACUAGGUCAGAGCUUUAGCAUAGUGCUUUCUGUGUGUGACGUACCCCUAGUGUCUAUUUAUAGCAUCCGUGUUUGGAGCCAUCGCCUGUGUGCUGUAUGUUGUCACCAUACCCCAUUGCCAUGGGAAUUAUCACAUCCAGGCAUCAUCUUUCUUUGUGUGUAUUAUUAGUUCUUGGGAUAGUCAUAUGGGUGGCCUCCUGUUUACUGCCUUAUCAGAUCAUUUAAAAACAAAAUUGAGGUUUCUCAAAUUGUGCUUUUGUUCUCGAGAUACAGUAUGUGAUCAAACAUCUGUCAAAUUUGAAAAAAAAAAUGGGUGAAUGUUCCCUUUUGAUUUGUUGGGGAAGUUCUUGUUCUGUGUUGAAAGGAUUCUGUGUCUAUCCUUAUAAGCCUGUUUUAGUAUCUAGGUUUGGAGCGGAAGCGCUUGCCCCACUUCAGAAAAGGAAUCUGUGUCCAGUGCCAAUAACGGAUUUCAAUGUCGAAGUGUAAUCUGCCUUUCAAGAUAUACGGAGCAUGCUGACCACACAAAAUAUCUCUUUGAUGCAAAGUAUCCUGUAAGACAUGGAAAUUUCUUGGCAUGGGGGCAUUUCAGAUGGCGGUUUAGCCCAAAUGGACAAUAUGACAUGGUAAUACUUGGAGGAUCUCCUGUUGGAAAGACACAACCCUAUCAGGAAGAUGACAAUUUGGGCUUUGUAAUUGGUAAUUGACAGUAAUGACUGCUUAAUUUUCAAUAGAGAGCAGUGUUGAUUAGUAUAGGAGUUUAAUGAUGAGCAGAGGAAAUCUUGGUCCCCAAAGGCCUUCCUCUGGAUUUAGCACAUCUGCCUCUCAUAACUCUUGAAUUCAUAUUUGCAUGAUCCUGGCUGACAGUUCAAAUUAACGAUUCCCCCGGCAGGACCAAGCUGGAUUCGAAAUGCAGGAAAUUAUCAGAACUCAACCCACAAUCUAUGUCUUUGCUUCCCUUCCUUUUGAAAUUAGAAUAGUUUAAAAACAUGACUAGAGUGACCUAUGUAUUGCAAGGGUCAUUGGCUCAUGCUCUCGAUGUAAUGUAUCGUAACACAUCAAAUCAAAACAGUGCAUGAUGCAACAAGACAAUGCACACUUCCCUAAUACUAUCUUCUCUUAUUGCAGUUUGAUUGGGUGUCAUACUAUGUCAUGUCAGUGUAUAUUUAUGUACAACACAACAGAUACUAAGAGAGCUUUACGGAGCCUACAAUUAAGCCAAAAUUCCUCAACUUAGAAAUGAAAAAAAUGAACAAGAGAGGCUUAUUACGAGAUAGCGAGCGAGUGAGCGCAACGUUCAUGGAAAGUUCCAUCACGGGGGAGGGUAGACUAUGAGGGAGGAUCAGGCAGGAAAUCGUGAAUCAGUGUAAUGUGACAUAGCAGACAGUCCAUCCAACUCUCUUCUACAAUUCAUCCCUAAGGCUAUUCACUCACUGGUUAUUGUCCUCUUUAAGGUAGAGCCUGGAGGCUGUAGCACGAAACCCAGAAUGGUAGACCUCCCCCGUGAUACCUGUCUUAAUCCUUUGUGGUCAUGUAAUGUUUCAGGGACUUCUCUCAUGUGGGUAAUGUUGCCUUUAUAUGUAUGUGGACCCGCAAAACCUUCUCCCUCAUUUCAUUUUUGCACAUGUUUAAAUACGGAUGUAUUGAAUGAGUAAUGACUUGGUGAUGGUCCCCCACUCUAAUCCUUUGGAUCAAUGUUGAUUGCUUUUUUAAGUUGGGGAACUUCAACCUUUUUUUUUCUCUCUCUAAGUAUAUAAGAGAAUUACCAACAUUCUACUUAUUGAUGUGUGCUUAAUAAAGUGUUAACCAAUGUCUAUAGAUGUAUUCUCUGGAGAUGUCAGUGGUUUGUAAUCAAGAAAUGUCAAAUAGUGCUACUGUUUUCGUUUAAAAAUCUGGAUGAGAAAUCUGAGUGAUCGAAUUAAAAAAAAAAACACACACCAAUUGUUGACGCAGUUGGUAUCAAGCAAGCUAGGGUACCAAGACUCCAAGCACAUUACGCAAUUCAUAAACACAUGCAUAUCGGUUUUAUGCUACCUUUUGGGGGACUGAAUAGGGGAGGGGGUGCUAGGAAUUUAUAUGUGACAGUUGUAGCAGAGACUAAGUUUCAUGCAGAGAUGAAGUAUUUGAGCCUGUUACUCCAUGUCAUCCAACACCUCAGAAUAGUCCAGACUGCAACGCAUGAAGUAGACUUUUCUGACUAACAUUGCAUGCAUUGUUGGCUGUUCAGGCACUACUGUGGGCCAGAGAUAAGGUCGAUUUGCUGGCCAGCCAAUGCAGACGGGCUUGAGGCAGGUGUGGCCAUGCUGUGCGAAUGUUAUUGCUCACAAAUGUUCCAUGUGCUCAGCCCAAUCAUGCAGAUAAUCUGACCGCCACCAGAUCUCUGGCAUGUGCCGACUGUUGGCUCCCUCACUGCCCUCUUCCUGACCUUACUCUUCUUGCAUCAACGAGGGCUCCAUUCCAACUGCAACGGAUACCCACCAUUAUACCCUUCACCCCCCCCCCCCCUGAUAAGUAGUAAAUCAAACUCCAAUCAAAACAAUGUCAAUUACAGGACAUUUUAGUCCUGACAGGUCCCUCAAGCUGACAUAAAACGAUCCAAAAAAAAAAGGGAAAGUGCAAUUCCGGAACAUGAUGUACGUGCCAGUUGCAUUGGAAGUUUUGACAGAGAUAAAAUGUCACGGUUAUGCAUAAGACAUGAGAUUAAGAGAGAAGAUAGUUCUUGUGUGCCAAGAGACUCAAAAGACAAAGAAGACUGCCUUGUCAUUCACCACAAAACCUGCUUAAGAGGGAGAGUGGGAAAAACAUAAGGAAUAGAAAAGGGAGGAAGAAGAAAAUGGAGGCGGGGGGGGGGGGGGGGGGGAGGGGGGUAAUGAGGGAGGGUGAGAAAUGUGAAGAAGAGAUUUUAAGCAGGACAAGAUAGAAGCUCUAGAAAUUGACAGGAAAUGGAAAUUAUUGAUAACUCUUAAAAGAUUGAUAUAUGAGAUGAUGAAUCUUAGGGAAGAAAUUGAAAGAAGAACUAUUUAUAUUUCUUUUGAAUUAGAAAUCCAAACAAAACAAUAAUUCUGUAGAUAAAGUAGCCGAAGCCAAAGAAUAGAUUACAAAAAAUGUUGUAACAAUAAAGUAGAAAUUAAGUAAUUUCAAGUAAGACAUAUAUGCAUGUUCAAAUAUCAAUGAAGAUCUUAACUUAGAUUUUGAUAACAGGCAUCAAUGGACUCAAUUUAAGAUGAAGGUGAACGAUAGCGGAAAAGGGAGAGGGUGUUAUUAAAACAAGGUAUGACUCAUUUCAUACCCGAAGGUACAGACAGAAUAAGUGUGGGUUGAAAGAUGAAUUCUAUUUUAAGGGAUGCUCAUAACAUAAAAUAUUGAGCUUUGUCUUUUUUAAAAUUAGAACAUUCAAUUUCCAGCUGACAAUUUUUUUAAUGUAAAUAAACUACUUUUGCUUGGAAAUUUAUGAUGAGUACAUUAAAAAUCAUAUAUUUUGAUGUCAUGUUAUGGAUUUUAGUUUGAAUAGGAAGUG